UUCAGUGGCGCGAAGCAGCAGUUGCAGACAGUGCGCGCGCGUCGUGAGCACCUGUCACAAGGUAAAGAGCAGGAGAACCGUGUUGUUCGAAUAGUACCAGAGGAUAUUGCAGUGGCUUGAAGCUGGAGCAAGUACACAACACUCCACCACACUUCCACUGGGCUGGGCCAGAGAGGCAGCAACCACCCAUUUGGACCGAUGUUCUGGCCGAAAUGCAGUCUCGACACAUCUACAUUCGGAAUAAGAUCGGUGAGGGCAUCCAAGCGACCAGUUUUCAGGUGAACCGAGGGACCUACUCCAGGAGGAGCCGAUUGAAAAGGUCUGAUGGCAGCACCACCUCCACUAGCUUCAUCCUCAGACAGGGCUCAGCUGAUUCCUACACAAGCAGACCAUCGGACUCGGAUGUCUCUCUGGAGGAGGAGCGGGAGGUGCCGGGCCAGGUCCAGGGCCAGAGCCCGAGCCAAGCGGUCCCGGGGACCCAGGCCCCGGCCCAGACCAGAGAGCAGAAGGAGCAGCAGGCUGCCUUGCAGCUGGAGAGAGCCAAGGCUAAAGCCGUGGCCUUUGCUGUGAAGACCAAUGUCAGCUACUGUGGAGCGUUAGACGAGGACGUGCCGGUGCCAGCGACCGCCAUCUCGUUCGAUGCUAAGGACUUCCUUCACAUAAAGGAGAAGUUCAACAACGACUGGUGGAUCGGCCGGCUGGUCAAGGAGGGCUGUGAGAUCGGCUUCAUCCCCAGUCCCCUGAAGCUAGAGAACAUCCGCAUCCAGCAGGAACAGAAGCGAGGGCGAGUCCAAGGUAAGUCUGGAGGGAAUUCUUCCUCAAGUGUAGAGGAUGAGGUGUCCGCCUCGGUCAGACCCCUCAUCUCCUCUGCAGGAAAGCAGAAACAAAAAGCGACUGAACACGUUCCGCCUUACGACGUGGUGCCGUCCAUGAGGCCUGUGGUGCUGGUGGGGCCCUCCCUCAAGGGCUAUGAGGUGACGGACAUGAUGCAGAAAGCGCUCUUUGACUUCCUCAAGCACAGGUUUGACGGCAGGAUAUCUAUCACACGAGUUACGGCAGAUAUAUCAUUAGCCAAGAGGUCUGUUCUGAAUAACCCCAGCAAGCGGGCCAUUAUCGAGAGAUCAAACACCAGGUCCAGCUUAGCGGAGGUGCAGAGUGAGAUAGAGAGGAUCUUUGAGCUGGCCAGGUCCCUACAGCUGGUGAUCCUGGAUGCAGACACCAUUAAUCACCCAGCCCAGCUGCUCAAGACCUCGUUGGCUCCCAUCAUCGUCCAUGUCAAGGUCUCCUCGCCGAAGGUUCUGCAGAGGCUGAUCAAGUCCAGAGGGAAGUCCCAGAGCAAGCAUCUGAACGUACAGCUGGUGGCAGCUGACAAACUAGCCCAGUGUCCUCCGGAGAUGUUUGACAUCAUCCUGGAUGAGAACCAGUUGGAGGAUGCGUGUGAACACCUAGCUGAGUACCUGGAGGCCUACUGGAAAGCCACCCACACCUCCAUGGCCACGCCGCUCAACCCCCUGCUGGGACGCAACCUGGGCCCCACUGCCCUCACUCCUUACCCCACCACCAUCUCUGGACUGCAGACUCAAAGAAUGAGACAACACAGCAACCACACGGGAGACCACUCCACGCCCAACGAGCGUCGCAACCUGAUGACCGCCGACGAGAACUACCACAACGAGCGGGCGCACAAGGGACGCAACCGCAUGUCGUCGGGCUCGCAGCACAGCCGAGACCAAGACCCGUACCACCAGGACUACCAGGACCCCUACCAAGACUCCUACAAGCCCCACCGCAACCGCUCCUCCCCGGGCAGCUACAGCCAUGACUCCCGGCACAGGCUUUGAGCCCGAAUGAUGUCCCAGCUUCACAACCCUUAUAGCCCUCAAGUCAACCCUCCGGUGGCAACAGAGCCAAAAUGGUUCCCACUCAAAAUAUUGUGUCAAAUUUUGUUGUUUUCAAUUAUUUGUUUUACUUCAGGCGUUUGAUGAGAAGUAGUCCCGCACUCCCGAACAAAAUCUCCAGUCACCUCUCAUUCCCAUUAUGUCUCUCAGUCUUGCCUGGGCACUGGCAGGGACCCCUGUCAAGCAACAUGUGGUCAGGAUGAGGAAGAAGGACAUGAUGCUAAUGCUACAUAACUGAGUUAAUACAACUCAUGUGACUGAGUUGUUUUUCCUCAUAAGGGGACCUUUCCAGUUCCCUUAUACCCCACACAGAGAGAUGGGUUGAAGGGGAUAGCAGUGUGAGAUUUAUAUUUGGACUUUGCUAAGCUAACAACAAGCUAAGAUAUUUUAGCUAGCAUGGUUAGAUUGUGGGUACAUGUGUAGUGCUAAACUUGAAGUGCUUGAGAGCCCCCCCCCCCCGAGUCGCCAUAGCACGUGGUGGAGUCACUGCUGAAGUGCUUGAGAGUCCCCAGACCAUUCAGUUGUUUGCAUGCUGACUGAGAGAGUAUCGUCAGUAUAUCCACUUACAGUACGUGUCUGUUGUCAUGGGGAGUUGUAUGCUAAGCCGUGCCCCACCAUGACUGGCAGUGGUCUUUUUCCAGACCUCAACUGAUUCCUGAGAGGAGCAUGUGGAGUAUUUGGUUGUUUUGUUAACCAGUGCUUUCACAUGUCAGAUACUGUAUGUGCCAUUUGAACACUUGUCUAGCUUGGCCUUUCUUCUUGUAGCUUAGUUAGUGUGAUAUGAUUUGGAGUGGACGGGUGCUCUCAAGCUGGCCACAUCCAGUGGAACCACGGAUAAACUCGGCAACAGUCGAUACUUUGCAUAUCUCAGUAUUUUUCACUACUAUGAUUCGGUUGCGUCAGAGCCUCAUAGAGGUAUUAUAACAAGAAGCAGGGGUGUCACCAAUCAGAGCUCGCCUCAUCUCUGGCCAGCCUCGUGAUUGGUUGACCGUCCAUGCUGCUUCCUGUGUUUCUUCUCUGGCCAACCUUGUGAUUGGUUGACCGUCCAUGCUGCUUCCUGUGUUUCUCUCUGGCCAGCCUCUUGAUUGGUUGACCGUCCAUGCUGCUCCACUAACGUUGGAUUGUGUCUUCCCAGGGUCCUUUGCAUCAUGUUAAUUGAUUCUCUGUGUAGCUGGCAUGUUUUCCCUGACUUGAAAAAGGCAUGCUCCCUUUGGUAGUAAUAUCCCUGUGUAAAAUAGAGGAGGGUGUUUAAGGAGGGAGAGCACACAUUGGUGCAAAAUAGGUGCAGUCUAAUUACUUGAGAGUGCAUCAUCUGAACAUUUUUGGGGUAAUUGAAUACAUGAAAAUGGAAAUGGAAGAAAUUCAUUCGGUCAGUUUAUUUCUAGCAACAAUUUUUGUGAUUUUAUUUUGUUCUUAAUGAGAUAAGAAGCAUUCAGUUGUAUCCAAGGUGGUUUGUUGACUAGAGUUGCAUUGGCUCCCCGAUCCAAUACCUAGGCUUUAGUUUAGUGGGCUAAUGCACUCUUCUGGUGUGCAGGAGGCCUGGGUUCGAACCCGGUCGGUCACAGAGACACAACCACCCUCCAGGACCAGGGUUUGCCCUGCGGUGGAUAGGUCAUCUAAACUGGAGCUUUGACCAAGAUGGAGAUGGUGGUCCCUCUCUGUGCAUCCUGGGAGAGUGAGUUCUUGGGGCAGCGUAUUCUGAGUUAGAGAGAUGUGCAGAGUUAACUUGUUAGCUGUCUUUUAGUGUAAUUCCCUCCAAUAGAGUUGAUGUACUGUACUGACAUUUGUAGCACCCGCAUCAGCUGAUGCCUUAACAUGAUAAAACAAGAAAGAACCUCUGAAAGGAUAGGGUCUUAAUUAUGAUUUAGCUCCAACUGUCUGGUUAGGGCGCUGACUUUGAUUUCAGAGAGCCAGUUGAUUUCCUUGCUCAUAUCUAUGUCUCUUAUGCUAGUUUGUUCACUGACUGAAAACAAAAGACUGCCAACGAAGAAGAAGAAAAAAGAAUACAAGUACAUCUGCUGUCGUUUAUGAGCAUGCUUCUCUGUCAUAUUGUGAUUCAGGCCAAAGUGAGUGUUGGCUGAUUGAAUGGGGAGUUACUCACCAUUAAAAACCAGAACCAAGAACCACAACCAAGAUUCAGCUCUGUUGCUUGAGACAAUCAGAGGGGUUUUUCUAGACCAUUCACCUCUCUCCCACCAGAGUCCCAGAGCAGUUUGUGAGGGUGUGGUAACUUGGGUUACUGGUACUGGGUGUAGCAUGUCUACCCCUGUUGUGACAUUGGGGGCGUCUCCUUUUCUAUUCAAAAUGAAUUAACUGAAUUCCAAUUGAUUUUCUGAAUUGACUGGAAGUGAAAUUAAAAUUUACCCCAUCUCUUUUCCCUGUGAAUGCCCUGGAAAGAAAACAUUUCAAACAAUCAAAGAAAUUGUUAUUUGAAUGGUGUAGAUAUCAUUUCUAAAGGUCUCUGUUACUGAUCAGAAAAAAAGCACGAGUCCUGUACUCUUCUUUUGUCUUCUUGUAAAAAAUUAAGAGGCUUAAUUUUUGCCUCUAAAUUAAGUUUCAUUACAAUUCUCAUGAUUUGAUUCAAUAACAUGGGUUUAAACUCGACCAGACCAUUAAAACAGUUAAAUGUUUUUUUCUUUGGUAAAAAUGUACAAAAAAUAAAAAAGAAGAAAAACUCUAACAUUUAUCACAAUAUAUGAAAAAGUAAUAGAUACAUCUUUGCUGGUGAUUAUUUUUAUAAAAAUACAUAAAUGUACAUAAUGUCUUUGAGAGAUGCUAUUUGCUGUAUACUUGCAUUCUCAUUAAAAACUACGAUCCUCGACGGGACAAGUUGGAACAACACAAACGUUUCAGUAUACAAAAAGUUUCAGUAAUGUGCAAUACAAAAAAGGCAUGCUGUUUUAAAUGAGGAAAUUCCAUGUACUAUGCAACCGCAACCGUGUACAUCGCUUCAUGCUGUGACUAAUUCUCCAACUGUCCUUUUCCAAGCAGCUUCAUCAGAACUCUUAAGGACAUUUUGUGUUGAUACUUUUUGUGGAAGACGAAAAACUCAACGGCUAAUGCGGUAUUGCAUGCAUAAUGUACCAUUUUAAUUUAUUAAAACUAAUGAAAAUAAAAUAAUGUGAAAUGCGAGAUGAUUGUGUCAAAGGCGAAGCUAGAAGUAACUUAAACGUUUUUCUUUUACAAAAUAAAAGAGUCGUUCUACAACAA